AAGAAAUAUCAGAAUUUAUAGAGGAAAAAUGCAUAUUUUUAAUGAAAAAAAGAAUGAUCUUCUUCCAUUUAGUACAAUUUUGUCUCGUGAAACAUCUCAUAUGUUAUAUCCACCUAGAUCUAAGCAGGAAUUUGUUUCAGAAAUAGAAAAUAAUGAUAAUAAUGAACAGGAAUAUGAUUUAAAGACUAAAGGAUACACAACAGAAGCACCCUAUGUUAAUGUUCAACAUCGGCAGCGUAUGAAUGAUUUUGAAAAAAAACGACAAGAUUUAACACCAAGAAGCCUUUUUAAUGAGGCAAUUACAAAUACAAUUGAAGAAGGUGAAGAGGUUCUUCAACUUUCAGGAUGCAAUAUUGUUGAGAUCCCAGAAAACAUUUCACAAUUAACAAGUCUUGUAACAAGACUUGAUCCUGAUGUUGAAAAACCGCUGACUCCUCAUCUUAAAAUAUUUUUAUCUGGAAAUUUUAUUCAUAAACUCCCUAGCGGUCUUUUUGAUCUUUUUACACUUACUGUUUUAUCUCUGCGUUUGUAUUUAACCUUAAAAUAUUUGAAUGCUAAUAUUUUUAUAGGGAACAAUGAAUUAACAAUGAUACCCCCCUCAAUUGGUCGUUUGGUGAAUUUAGUUGAAUUAAAUUUAGGCCAGAAUAAACUUACUUAUUUUCCAUCAACACUACUUUUACUUAAAAAGCUGCAAAUUUUGUCAAUAUCACCGAAUCCUUUAAAAGAAUGUCCAAUUCCUCCUUUAUCUCAAAUGUCGUUUCAGACUCUUGUAUUACCCACCAUUCGUUAUUCAUGUAUAGACGUAAUAAAAACAAACUCGAAUGUUCCUAAACUUCUUGAACUUUCAUCUAGGAUUAUUGCUUCUUCUUCAAUUGCUGAAGUAGAUCUUCAAAGAUGGGAAUUGAAAUUUUGUCUUACUUCAAAAGUUAGAGAAGCAUAUGAGGCUGGAAAAUAUCAUAUAUCCUGUGAAGUUUGUGGAAAUUCUAUGGUAGAGUCUGUUGUAGAUGUAUUUGAAUGGUGGGAUGGUUUUGUUGGUACAUGGUCUCUUCCAAUAAAGAGAAAAAUAUGCAGUUUGUUAUGUCUUAAAAACAUUCCACAAGCUGAGAUACAAUCAUUGCCAAAUACUACAUAG